AUGUCGCACAUGGAGCUGGCGUUGGACCCUGGCGAUCAGGACCUGCUCGGCUUCCUGCUCGAGCAGAGCGGAGCAUGGGGGGAGGCAGCCGAUGAGUCGGUGGAGGCGCCCCCGGACUGGGAGCUGCCGCUUUCCGAGGUACUGAGCGACUGGGAGGCAGAGGAUCUGCUGAGCACCCUGCUGAGUCCCCCGGCGUCGUUGGCCGACCUCAGCUCCUGCGAGCCCUCGCCUGUGCACCACGAUCACACUUACUCCCUCCCACAGGAACAUGUCUCCGUGGACGUAGAUAGUGGGAGCUAUGGGAAGGAGGAGGCUCCGAUGACUCCGCUGUAUGUGGAGGAGCCAGCAGAGCAGGAGGUUGCUAGGCUGGUACUGACCGAGGAGGAGAAGAGGCUACUGGAGAAGGAGGGGCUUACUCUGCCUGGAACACUUCCUCUCACCAAGAUGGAGGAACAAGUUCUGAAACGAGUGCGGCGGAAGAUUCGAAACAAAAAGUCUGCUCAAGAGAGCCGCAGGAAGAAGAAGGUGUACGUGGGGGGUUUAGAGAGCAGGGUAUCGAAAUACACAGCCCAGAAUCUGGAGCUCCAGCAUAAAGUGCAGCUCCUGGAGGAACAGAAUCUGUCCCUCCUCGAUCAGCUGAGGAAACUGCAGGCCCUAGUGAUGGAGAUAUCAAACAAGACCAGCAGCGGCAGCACCUGUGUGCUGGUCCUGCUGUUCUCCUUCUGCCUCCUCCUCGUUCCUGCUAUGUACUCCUCCGACACCAGGGGGCACCUGCCGGCUGAGCACGCAGUGUUGUCACGUCAGCUUCGUGCCCUCCCCAGUGAGGACUCUCACCAGCUGGACCUGUCUGCCCUCCCGUCAGAGGUACCCAAGGACAGCACAAACCACUUGCUGGUCAGCUCAGACCAUGCGCUCCCGGCCCCUGGCAACUCUUCCUGCCUGCUGUACUAUAUGCCUCAGCCUCCUGAUGCAGAGCCUCCCCUACCGUGGCCAUUCCCUGGCCUCUUCUCAGAGGCCCCCUGCCCAGACCCCAUCCUUCCCCUGCAGGCAAAUCUCACAAGAAAUGAGGGACAGCCCCCCACCCACAGCCCGUCAUCUGUCAUCUUGCAGGGCAGAUACUCAGGUUAGAUGUGA